AUGAUGGCCCAAAUGAGUAAUGAUCAUGAUCAUGCUGGUCCCCAGGCUCAAUCCUCAAAUCACAUUCUUAGUCCCCAGCCUUCUUCUCACCUGAUGAAGGAGUCACUCGUGCAGUCCCUCGAAACAGCCCACAUACCCAAUUGCACCGAAGUGGCACUUCAUGAAAAUCAAGGCUACGCGAUACGGAGCGACGACGGUCACUCUUCAAGCUCUUCCAAUCGCCACUCCGCAGGGGAUCUUUAUGAAUAUGCCAUGGAAGACGACUUGGCAAACAUACAUUCCCGAGCGUCAAGCCGUUCCUCGAUCUCGUCAAUCCCCGCAUCAGUAUUGAUCCAUCCUGUGGGCCAGCUGAAAGAACUAGCGGGAAGCGGACCCCUGAAACAAACACCCGCAUACACAGUGGAGGAAGACGAGGCCGAAUUUGGAAGGUUCGACAGAUCGCCUCAGUCCAUGCGCACAAUUCGACAGCGAGAAGCUGCAUUUCGAAAGCCUAGUUCUGUUCGAGCAAUGCAGAUGUAUACUGAAGAUGAAGCGGAGGAGGAUGAUUACCUGACGCCACCGCGGCGGCAUCAGGGUAUUCGUUCUCCUGGAACUUCGUAUCCGAAACGCUCGACCGCCUAUCCACAAAAGAACACCCACCCAAAGCCCAGCAAUAAGAAAGAAUACCCACUUGUUCUGCUACACUGUACACUGCUGGCUCCGUCCUUACCAGUGCCCGGUGCAGCGGAUCCGCAAAAUCAGAGGCUUGUUGAGGAGGUGUUACCCCCUCAAUAUUGGAAGCGGUGGCGGCGUCUCCAGGAUAAGAUUGGCUCGGGAGUUCUGCGUGAACGUGGCGUCCUGAUUUCUCAUCCAGAAGAUCUCUAUGAUGUCUUGGAAGAGCGAUUACUCGAAAGCUUGGAAUUGCAACGUCCGCUCGUACACAGAGGUCAUUUCCUCGGCCAUGAGAAAGCAGAUGUGGGCUCUGACGAUGAAGCCUCCGACAGAAGUGAAAGCGACACAGACGGCGAGCAAGGAGAUGAGUGCCCGGACUGUGGGCGACACGUUCUUCACCAGAGUGAUAUCAACCGAAAAUGGGAAAUCCGUGUGUACGCCGCAAAUGGUCUAAUGCGCGCUGGCGCCUGGGCCGCCGCCUGGAAAGAGAUGGAGAAAGUCGACGUUGAGGUCGGUUUAUGGCUACCGUCUGAGCUGCGACGCGCUCUGGAGAAGCGACUUAAAGAAGAAAGUGCAGCCUUCGCUCUACAGUUGCCUGAGACACCAUUCACCCUUAGCGACAGGGCAACGCCUAGAAUGGAGAUGUUCCAAACGCCGUUCCACAUGCCACCCGAUAUGUUGAGAAAUGCAAAUUCCAAAACAAGUGACGGGCUUCGCAGUACUUCUCAACAAUCUGAAAGCCAACCAGUCGAGCCGGAGCGCAAGGCGAAUAAUGAGAUUGCACUACAAACUCUAUUGGUCAACUACAUCCGAGUGCUAGCUGCAGAUCGGCGCAAUGUUGCCCUCGUUGUGAUGAGUGUUUUAGUUGCGUUCCUAACCAUUGGAUCUCGCUCUCAAGAUAAUCGUCUGAUCGAUGUUCUGCACUCGGCGCCGCAAGACACGAGCCUGGAGCAUUCCGUCUUAGCCAAGGUGGGGGCAGACACAGGCACUGCAAUUCUGCCACCACGCACUGCAGAUGUGAGCAUCGUGGAGGAUUCUAUCCCUGCCUCAAGCGUCAUAUUAUCUGUUCAUGCGACGGAUAUACCUGUGCAGUCGUACGCCGCGAAGACUUUUGCUCAUCAUUCUGCCGUGCCUUCCGAGCCCAUCUCACUCAACCCCGAGCCAACAUUUGAGGCAGAAGCCCCGAAAGUAGCCAGACUGGUGGUGAACAAGGAUUCUACGGCCUUUGAGAAGGCCGCGGUAGCUGAGAACUUCAUUGAUCCCGCGCCAAGCGCUGAGUUUGUUGUGGAUACAGAGCUUCCCGAAUCUAAAGACGAUGUUCUUGAGGCAGUGGAGUCUGUUCAGCCUGUUGGCGCUGUUGAGUCUUCCUUGCGAGACCCUGUAGUAGGGACAGAAUCUACAGAGGACGAUGGAACAGUUAUCACACCAGAUUCGGAAAGACUUGGUCAGCACGCAGUGAUCAAUAAUCUUCCAGAGCCUAUCGAGAAUGCUGAGCCUGUAAGGAUCGAUGAGCCAGCAAGCUUAACAAAUGAUUCCUCGAUUUCUGAAUCGGCGACAGCCACUGAACCCGUGGCCACCACAUCCAUCACUGGGAAGGAAGCGCAGCUCAGUUCUGAAUCAGAAGGGGCGCUUGAUCCUAGUUCUGAUGCCAACGUUCCUGACGCCGAAGUAACUCCAACUCCCAGCCCGAGCGUAUUUGCGCACCUUUCCUCGCCUGAUAAGCGCGCCGCUCUUGACGACGAGAUAUGCCUCUGGCAUUUCCCAAAUUUGAUGAACCAAGCGAGCAGUGAAAGCAAGUGCGCCACAUCUGAAAGCUAUAAUAAUGAAAAUGAGCGUGUUUCGUUUUGGGUCCCCGCGGAAGAUUCAGACACGAAGCAAACUCAAGGACACGAAGUGUGA